AUGCCCUUCCUCGCCGAACGUACGUUUCCAAUUCCCAACAAAGAUAUUCUUUCUUGGAUCUUCGACGAGCAAAAAUUCGACGUGGACAAGCCGAUAUAUGUCGAUGCGGCGAAUCCGUCCCGGUCCAUCUCGUCAAGACAAGCUCGAAAACUCAUCAGACAGCUCAUCGCCGGCUUCAGGGCCAAUGGCGCAAAACCAGGCGAUUGCAUCUGUAUUCAUUCAUUCAAUGAUAUCUACUAUCCCAUUCUUUUUUUGGCCAUCGUCGGGGCAGGGUGUGUAUUCGCCGGAACCAACCCUUCUUACACGCAGUAUGAGCUAGAUCACCACUUCAAGACGGCAUGUGUGGGGUUUGUGAUAACCGAGCCGGAAAUGAUCAGCACUGUUUCGGCUGGGGCAAAGGCGACUGGUAUCCCAAAGAGCAAUAUCUGGAGCUUUAACACUACUCCAAAUCAGGCCCCUCUUCCAGGGUUCAAGUCGUGGACGACGCUCCUGGAGUACGGAGAGGAAGACUGGGUCCGUUUCGACGACGAGAAAACCUCCAGAGCCACCACAGCUGCGAGACUCUUCAGCAGUGGCACAACUGGGCUGCCGAAGGCGGCAGCGCUGUCGCACUACAACUUUGUCGCACAACAUACUCUGGCACAUGAAGUGGAGCCAGCGCCGUACAAGAUUAUUCGCAUCUGCUACCUGCCCAUGUUCCACGCAGCCAUGGUUCCACUCACGCAUGUCUCACCACUGCACGCCGAGUAUGUCACGUAUGUCAUGAGGCGAUUUGAUCUAGUCCCAUUACUUGACAACAUUGACAGGUACAAGAUCACGGAGCUGCUCUUUGUACCUGCCAUCGUUCUGGCUGUGAUCAAAUAUCCAGGCGUCGGGAAGUACUCAUUCAAAAGCCUCGAAUCUGUAGCCUCUGGUGCAGCUCCUCUUUCCAAGGAGCACCAGUUGGACCUGCAGGCUAUCGUCGGCCCACAGAUUGGUGUAACUCAAGGUUGGGGCAUGACCGAGACGUGUUGCAUUGCCUCAAGGUUCCUCCCCUCAGAACGGGAUGAGACUGGUAGCAUUGGACGCAUGCUACCCAACCUGGACGUCAAACUCAUCGACGAUGAAGACAAAGACAUCACCGCGUACGACACAACCGGAGAGCUCUGCAUCCGAGGACCAACAAUUAUAACCGACUACUUCAACAACCCCGAAGCGACCGCAACAUCCUUCACUCCGGACGGAUACUUCAAAACUGGAGACGUGAUGUACUGCACAUCCGACACCAAAAAGUGGUACAUCAUCGACCGCCGAAAAGAGCUGAUCAAAGUCCGCGGCUUCCAAGUCGCCCCAGGAGAACUCGAAGGAGUCCUCCUCUUACAUCCGCAGAUUCUGGAAGCCGCGGUGAUUGGCAUCCGCAACGCAGGCGACUCGGAUAAUCUCGAGCACCCGAGGGCAUAUGUGGUGCGGCGCCCUGGGCCAGAAGGUGAGGCUCUUGACGAGGCCACGAUCAAGGCAUUCUGCAGCGCGAGGUUGGCGAAGUUCAAGGAGCUCACGGGUGGUGUGAGAUUCCUCGAUGUCAUGCCGAGGAAUGCCACCGGGAAGCUACUCAAGCGUGUCUUGAGGGAAUUGGCGAAGGAGGAGGAUCGUGGGAAGGCCGCGAGGAUCUAG